AUGUCGAACAGCCUACUGCACUUAGCUCAUUCGAGCACCGAAAUCAGUAUCGAUGAUGCAGCAGCUCUCUAUAACGAUCUCACGCCAGUCGCUCCUGAGUUUGUCCUCGGCGAUUGGAAAGGAACUAUCUUGCGAACUGGUCACCCGGAUGUUGAAAAGCUGAAAGCUAUGGGAUGGGCUGGCAAAAGGUUCAACUCCAUUAAUGACGUGAACCCGGUGGUAAUCCAGUCCAGCGACGGUGUACGAACUUGUAUAACGGAUUGGGGGCAUGCUAGGGUUCGCGAGGUUCGAUUUCGGGGAGUUGUCUCUGCUGCGAUGAUUUAUGAUCAGCUUCCUAUUAUUGACCACUUUCGAUUAUUGAAUGAGAAUGCAGUCGCUGGUGUGAUGGAUAAUAAAGAUGACAAGAAUAACUUCGGACUCUAUUUCAUUCUGGAGAGAGUUUGCCAGCGCAGCUAG